AUGAUCCUGAAUGAGUCGCCGUCGAUGCAGGCGGCGGCGCCGCCAGCGGCGGCCGGCGCGGGCGCGGGAUCCGCGGAUGCAGGAGCUGCGGGAAUGGGCGGAGCGGGAUCUGCGGCGGCGGCGACGAUCGGACGGUCGCAAACGAUUCCAGAAGGGGGGGAGUUGGCGCCGACGGCGGAAGCAAACCGGAGAGGCGAGGCGGGAGCUGCGGCGGGCGGAGCGGCGGCGGGCGGCGGCGAGAGAAGACGACUGGUGAAAAUGGCAUCCGAAGGGAGCACACUUCUCAAACCGCUGAACUUUCUGGAGCGCAUUCGCUGGGCGAUCUUCCGCUCCAACAGCCGCGGCCGCGCCAAGGGCGCAAGGAGAUCCCGCCGCCACUCCGCGGAUGCCGCCGCCGCCGUGUCCUCCGCGCCUGCUGCUGCUGGCGCGGCGGGGAGGGGAAGCAGUGACGCGCGCGCGGGGGAGGAGGGAGGAGCGAGCGGAAUGGGCGCGGAGAGAGACGGGGGCGCAGGCGGAGGAGGAGCCGGAGGCGGAGCAAGUGUGAGUGACAGCGCCAUUUUUGUGGGGCGCGGACUGGAGGAGGCGGCAGCUAGGGCGCAGGGGGAAGGGGCGCGCGCUGGUGCUCUGGCGGAAGAGGCGGAGAAUGCUGUUGCUCCGCUUCCACAGACGAAAAUAGCCUUGGGAAUGGACGUCCGGAGCCUGUUCACCCCAGAAAGCGUGGAGGCCCUUGAAAAAGCAGUGGCAGCAGACGACAUCGCGUCCAUGAACCCUGUGCUGCUGCAGUGCCGCCACUCCAACCGCCCCUUCUACGCUGUUCUCCACCGCACCUCCGCUGCUGCUGACGAUUCUGACACCGCCAACUCCAGCACCAUAGACGGGGCAGGCGCGCCGCUCACCCACCGGCUGGCCCUCUCGGCAGUGAAGCGGCUGCAGAAGGUGGCGCCAGGGAAUAUCAGCGCGCUGUGCCAGGUGGUGGUGGAGGAGGUGAGAGAGUUGACUGGGACAUGCGGAAAAGGCGGCGGAAGGGAGGGGGAGGGGGAGGGGGAGGGGGAGGGGGAGGGGGAGGGGGAGGGGGAGGGGGAGGGGGAGGGGGGAGGGGGAGGGGGAGGGGGAGGGGGAGCGGGAGUGGGGAAGAAGGGAGGGGCGGAAGAAGGGAGGGAGGGGAGCGAGGCGGGGAAAGAGAGGGAGCAGCAGGGGGAGGAAGGGGAGCAAGGGAAGGGGGCGGACGGGGAAGAAGAGGAGGGGGAAGAAGAGGAGGGAGGCAUGGAGGCGAUCCUAGGCUCUCACUUCCCAGCAACGGACGUACCACAGGCCACGCGUCUGCUCUUCUUCCAGACGCGUUCGCGCAUGGUUGCCGACUGCCAGUCCCCCUCUAUACCCCUCCGCCAGCACCCCCUCUCCGCCCCGCACCCGCUCAAGCUCGGGGGGUCGACUCUGAGAGCGGUGGACCCGUGCCACGUGCAGUAUAUGUGCAAUAUGGGGAUCAGAGCAUCUUAUGUGCUUGCUAUUAUGGUGCCCACGCGCGGGGCGAACGCGCUGGGGCAGCCGGGGGGAGGAGGGGGCGGGGGCGGGCAUGGGGGGGGGGCGGCUGGCGGGGCGCAGUUUGCAAGGAGUCAGUCGGGGGGGAGCCAGCAGGGCGGAGGGGGAGGGGAAGGGGGGGGAGGGACGGGAAGGUUGGAUCAGCAGCAGCAGGGGAAGCAGGGUGUUGUUCUUGCCCGGAGCACCAGUGCUUCUUCUGGAACGGGCUUGGGGGGUGGUGCUGGGGGGGACGCGGGGGGAGGGGGAGGGGGAGGGGGAGGGGGAGGAGGGGGAGGGGGAGAUGGGUGGGACAUGCGGAGCUUCAAUCGCCCCUCCCCAUCCAUUUCCCCCUCCCAAACCCUUCCCACCUCCCCUUUCCAGGCAUUCGGGCUCCAGCUGUCAGUGGAGCUCAAGAUAGCCGCCCAGCUGCACGAGAAGCAGAUCCUUCAAAUCCAGUUUCUCCUCUGUGAUACUCUCCUCACCGACAACCCUGCGUUCGGCCUGCAACUCUCAGGGGAGCUCGAGAUAGCCACCCAACUCCACGAGAAACGGAUUCUCCAGAUCCAGUCCCUCCUGUGCGACACGCUGCUCACGGACAACCCCAUCCGAGCGCUCGUGUCCUCCGCCCCCAACAUCAUGGACCUCCUCCCCUGCGACGGGCAGAGGGGGUAUGACUUCCAAGGCGCCUCAAAUGUUCCCCAUCAUCCCUACCUCCCCCUCUCUCAACUCUCUCCUAUUAAUUCCUCCCUCCUCUCCCCCUUUCCCCCAACAUUUGGCCUCCAGCUGUCAGUGGAGUUGGAGAUCGCUGCCCAGCUCCACGAGAAACAGAUUCUCCAAAUUCAAUCUUUAUUGUGCAACACCCUACUCACGGACAAUCCCGUCCGUGCGCUCAUGUCCUCCGCGCCCAACAUCAUGGACCUCCUCCCCUGCGUUGCUGGAGGAGAUGCCUUCCAAGGCAAGGCGUUCGGCCUGCAGCUCUCAGUGGAGCUCGAGAUCGCUGCCCAGCUGCACGAGAAGCAGAUUCUCCAAAUCCAAUCUUUAUUGUGCGACACGCUGCUCACGGACAACCCCAUCCGAGCGCUCGUGUCCUCCGCGCCCAACAUCAUGGACCUCCUCCCCUGCGACGGCGCCGCCGUGCUCUUCCGCGGGGAGCUCUCCCGCCUCGGCGUCUGCCCUUCAGAAGACAUGAUCGGGGAGCUUGUGCGGUGGCUGCAGAGGGAACACUGCGGGUCCAGUGGGCUGAGCACGGAUAGCCUCAAGGGUGCUGGGUUCCCGUACGCGGAUACGCUUGGAGUGGACGUGUGUGGGAUGGUUGUCGUGUGCUUCUCUCCUGCCGACGAGCAGCAGCAGCAGCAGCAGCAGGAGCGGCAGCAGCAGCAGGGGAGGGAGGCUGCGUCGCCUGUCCCGCCUUCACCAUCCGGCAGCAGCACCAGCGGCGCUGGCGGCGGGAGCAGCUUCAGCGGCUUGAGCGGCGGCGGCGGUGGUGUGAGCAGUGUGAGCGGCAUCACGGGGGAUUACCUGUUCUGGUUCCGGUCGCACGUGGAGAAGUCGAUCAAGUGGAGCGGCGCGCGGCACAACCCCCUGGAUGUGGACGAUGCAAAGAAGCGCCACCCCCGCGCGUCCUUCAAGGCGUUCCUGGAGGUGGUGAAGCACCGCGCGCUGCCGUGGGCCGAUGUGGAGGUGGAUGCUGUUCACAGCCUGCAGGACCUGCUGUGCAAGUCGGUGCGGCGCAAGGAGAGCAUGGGGCGACUCAUCUCCAUGGGCAAACAGAACAACAGCGAGCUGGCAGUGGCAGCGGACGAGCUGGUCCGUCUGAUCGAGACGGCGUCUGCGCCGAUCCUGGCCGUUGAUCUGGAGGGCAACAUCACGGGGUGGAACGGCAAGGUGGCGGCCAUCACAGGGCUCUCCUUCUCCGACGCCAUCGGCCAAUCGCUGCUCGACACCUGUCUCGACCCGUCCUGUGUGGACAAGACGAGGACCGCGUUUGAACUCGCUCUGGCAGGCGAGGAGCAGCAGCAGCUGGAGCUGAAGCUCAAGCGGUGGGGGUCAGUUCCCCAGGGCAAGGGGCCUCCCACGCCCUACGCCAUCCUGCACGUGAACACGUUUGUGAGCCGCGACUCGGAGAAGAGCAUCGUGGGGGUGUGCUUCGUGGGGCAGGACGUGACGGAGGAGACAGCUGCCAGGACGCGAUUCGUGCGCAUACAGGGCGACUUCACCACCAUCAUCAACACACACAACUCCCUCAUGCCGCCCAUCUUUGCCACCAACGCAUCUGGCUUCUGCACCGAGUGGAACCCAGCCAUGGAGAGCAUCACGGGCCUCAAGCGCUCCCAGGUGCUGGGCUGCAUGCUCCCAGGAAUCAUCUUUGGCCGCAUGUGCCAGCUGGCGAACGAUGAUUCGCUCACGCGGCUGCUCAUCAUGCUGUCGCGGGCCAUGGCAGGGCAGGACGCUGGUGGCGAGGAGAAGACGCACUUUGCCUUCCACAAUGCCAAGGGUCGUAUGGUGGAGGUGCUGCUGACGGUGCAGCAGCGGCUGGGCGGCGAUGGGAGGGCAGCAGGGGCGUUUGGAUUCCUCCACGUGGCAAGCCCUGAGCUCAUGCAGGCGCUGGCCGUGCAGCAGAAGGCAGAGGGGUUAAUCGAGCGGCAUUCCAAGCAACUCGCCUACGUGAGGCAGGCCAUGGCAGGGGCAGUGCACGGCAUGGUGCAUGCACGCUCCCUGCUGCACCGCUCCCUCCUCGACGCCUCCCCGCUCUCGCCCUCCGCUCACGCCGCCCCGUCUGCCGCCGCCCCGGGCGGCAAGGUUUGGCAGUUUAUGGAGGCGAUGGCAAGGUGCGACGCGCAGCUGAUGCGCCUGCUGCACACUCAGAUGGAUCCGCUGGGCGGCGGAGAGGGCGGCGGUGGUGGGGCUGAUGCUGCUGUGUUCUCGCACCCCAGCAUGCUGCCAUUCACGCCCUCAGCGCCUUUCACAAUGGCAUCACUCAUCAACACAGCCGUCUGCCAAGCCAUGCAGCACGCCAUUCGCCGCUCCAUCGACCUGACCUAUGACGCGCUGCCAGAUGUCGCCUCCACGCGCCUCGUGGGCAACCAGCUGCUGCUGCAGCAGGUGCUGGGCGGCAUCACUGUAGCGGCCGUCAAGUCCACCCCGUCGGGCGGCACCGUUCGUUUGCAGCUGGCGCCCAGCCCCAGCCGCAUGCUGGCAGUGGAGAUAGAGCUGCGGAUUAUCCAAUCAGGGCCGGGGAUUGAGGACGCCAUAAUCCAGCACAUGUUUGGCCUUGCCUCGUGCCCUGAGGAUUCACCUGAGGCGUCGUACCAGGCGCAUGCGCUCGUCUCGUACCGCUCGCUGCUGCGCCAGAUGCACGGCGAUGUGCACUACCUGCGGCAGCCCAACAAGUGCUACUUCCAGAUGCACGGCGAUGUGCACUACCUGCAGCAGCCCAAUAAGUGCUACUUCCAGGUGUCACUAGAGCUGCCCUGUGCUCCACGUGCGUGGGAUGAGAUGAUGAAGCAAGUCAUGGAGCUCUGUACAGGCGGCGAGUUAUUCGAUCAUAUUAUAGCGAGAAGACACUAUAGCGAGCGCGCAGCAGCGGAAGUGGUCCGUGUGAUUGUAUCGGUGGUGAGGUAUUGCCACGCCAACUACGUGAUUCACAGGGACUUAAAGCCCGAGAACUUUCUUGUAUCGAGCGAAGAGGAGGGCGCGCCGCUUAAAGCCGUCGACUUUGGACUGUCCGCGUUCUAUAGGCCAGGCCAUCUGCUGCACACAGUAGCGGGCAGCGCGUUCUACAUGGCGCCAGAGGUCAUCCGAGGCAGCUACGGCCCGGAGGCCGACCUGUGGAGCGUGGGGGUCGUUCUCUACAUCCUGCUCUCGGGAUCUCCGCCCUUCUGGGCAGAGACAAACGAAGGGAUAUUUGAGGAGAUUCUGUGGGGCCACGUGGACCAAUCAGAGGAGCCAUGGCCGCAGGUUUCAACAGAGGCGAAGCAGCUGGUGCUGAGUCUGCUGCAGCAGCAACCAGAGAGACGACCGACAGCAGCACAGCUCAUGGAGCAUCCGUGGGUGAGGGAGGGAGGCAUAGCGGCCGACACACCGCUAGCGCCGGCAGUCAUCACUCGGCUGAAGCGCUUUGCAGCCAUGAACCGACUCAAGCGCCUCACUCUUAAACUCAUCGCCUCGCACGUGUCUGACGCUGAGGCCAUGGGGUUGAGAGAGAUGUUUAAAGCCCUGGAUGGGGAUGGCAGUGGGACGAUUUCGUUGGCUGAGCUUCGGAAUGGGGUUGAGAGGCUCGGUGAUACCGUGCCUAAGGAGCAACUUCGGCAAAUGAUGGCAGCGGCUGACGUGGACAGCAGUGGCAGCAUUGACUAUAACGAGUUUGUGGCAGCUACCAUGCGAGUCAGCAGGGAGACCAGAGAGGCUCACCUGCAGCAGGCGUUUGCCCACUUUGACACCGAUGGCAAUGGAUUCAUCACAGGGGAUGAGUUGCGCGGUGCACUGGAGAAGGAAGCCGGGAGUGCUGGGGUUGGCGAGGCGGAGAUAAAGAGAAUAUUUGCUGACGUGGACGCUGAUCAGGUAAUGCAGGAGGCUGUGAGUGAUAAGAGGCAGUGA